AAUGAAUUCAUGUUAAUUCAAAAAUAGGAGUCUUCACAUUAAUAAAUUCCAUUCACUUACACCUUCUCAUAGAAAUGAUUUUUCAAACAGGCAAAAUGAAUAAGUUUUUAGUUUCAGCAAUGUUGAUUCAAUUUCAGAACGAAAAUAUAUGCCUUUUAUAUACACAAAAUAUAAACCAUAUUCACACUAAAGACGAAUGCAUUAAAAUGUUACUAAGUUUGGUGAUUAUUUCAAUAGUACUAUAGAGCAAAACUCAUUUAAUUAAUUUAAAAUCAAAAGCCCCUGUUCUAUAUCUCCUUCAAGAAAAAAAACUUUUAAUUCAUUUUUAUUCACAGACUCUACACAAAACUAACCAUCAACUCCUGUCAUUUGCAAAACUGAAGUUAGAUAAUUUUCAAUUGAAUUACCUUAAAUGCAAAAAUUUCCCAGAAAAAGAGAAUACACUAUUUUAAAAAAGAAAAAAAAAGUAAUUGCAUUAAAAAUAUAAAUUAAGUGA